ACUUCCAGAGGGAAGCAAGGCGUGAUACAAGUUAAGCUGUCAGUGGCCCUGAUAAACCCAACAAACUACGUGUCCAUUACUUUUACCUGUGCCACCUGACCUGCUAGUUUAUUAAAUAUAUAAGUUUAUUUAGGUAAAAUUUACACAAGUACAAUUACAUAGGCUUUGGGCGAUCACAAGGACCUUAACAGAGGAUUGUUAACUAUUGUCAGACAAGACUUACAAGAACAUCUGUAAGAUAUCUGAUACUGAUAUUUGUCACCUCAUCUGUAUCAUCAGACCUGCACACCAAGCAGUGGGCUCCAUAUCUGAGAUGUAUAGCAACACGUAUCUCCUGUUUCCAGCUGGUUCACAGUUUUUUCAGGCAGUGGAUAAAAAUCAAGCUGUAAGAGUGGUCGCCCAACAACUAUGAACAAUGGAUAGCUGGAAAUUCUUGAGAGAACCAGCUUCUCAUCUGGCCAUGUUUCUCAGCACUGUAUUGAUGCAAACUGGCUUACCAGAGAGUCGGAUGCCCAAAGGCUUUUCGCUUGAAGACUUCAAUUUCAGUAAAGUGUAUAAGUGUAUCAACCAAGUAGGCCAGAAGACUAUGUGUGAUGUUUCACGAACAAUGUAUUUACACUCUCAUGUGAAUUCUACUGGGGAAACAAUGUCGGUGCGAGAGUACUUCAAGAAAGUGUUGGACUUAGGUUCGACAAAAUUGAAGAAUGCAUUUUCCAAAAUAGACCUUCCACUACUUGAUAAAAACAUAAUGAAAGAUGAAUUUGAUAUAUCCUUUGCCUACAGAUUAAUGACUGCAGUAUGUUAUAAUAUUUAUAAUGAGUUGGAUAGUAAUUGCCAGCAAAACAUCACUAUCCUAAAGUCAUUGAGGAAUAAAAUAAGUCAUAAGUAUCAGUCUAAUCAUCUAGAUGUAACAGCUGAGAUUGAUAACCUCAAAAAAGUUUUAAAGGAGAUUUAUAUAGGUGUAGGUAAUGUUUUACAAAAAGAUUUUAAAGAAAAUAUUGAAACAAUGGAGAAAACUCUUUCUGAUAUCCAUGAUGCUCAGAUUCGCCAAGAUGAUAUGAUAACAUAUGAAGAAGAUGUUAAGGCAUUUAAGAUGGACAAGACACACAAGUUGAUUGCUCAUGGUUGCAAAGAACUUAAGACACUUUAUGGGCAAUUGACGGUUCUAAAUCCCUGCACAUGGAUAUCACGUGAUAGCUCAGAAUCCUCACUUAGAAAGUUUCGAGUUGAUAAAAUUUUCACACCACUUAAAAUUGAAGACUCAGAUAGAAAAAUUUUAAUCUCAGAACUACUUCAAGCAUCUACAAGAAUAGCUGGUGAGGAGAAAAUCCCAUGUGCAUUGAUACUCUAUGGCUUAGCAGGAUCUGGCAAGACUUCUUUGUGUCGUUACAUUUUAAGUAACUGGUGUGGGAUUGCAGAGAAAAUUAUAAAUACUAUAGAGAAUUUUGAUCUGGUGUUUCUUGUUGAAGUGCGAACAGUAAAGUCAAAAACCCUGACAGAAUAUCUUACUCAGCAAAGACUCCCUAAGACACACAAUGAACAGUUUAAAGACUCAUUUGAAAUCAUACCAUUACUGCAGGAGCUAGACAUACUUUUCGUCAUUGAUGGUUUUGAUGAAGCUGGUGAUGAAGCUAAGAACAUAGUAGAAGAAAUAUUUGCAAAGUUUAGUAAUAAACGUAUAAUACUAACAACCCGUCCUGAAUAUCACACAGAUGUAGUUUUGUUAUCAAACAGAUAUCAUGUGGAUUGUCUUUCAAUUGAAGUUUGUGGAUUUGAUGAUGCUGGAUUAAGGGAAUUUACCAUAAAAGUUUUCACUGCAGUUGAAGAAAAUGAAAUGAAAAGGAAAAUACAAAUUAGUGAAUUUUUAAAGUACAUUCGUGGACGUGGAAAAGUUUUGGGAAGCCACCUUAAACUUCCUCUUACACUAGCCCUCUUAAUUUAUCUCUGGAGGGAUAAUCCAGAUAUUCUUAACAGAGUUACCACUGCCACAAAUCUUUAUUGUGAAUUGUUCAAACUGUGUCAAAAAAAACUUGAAGAGAGACUUCGUACUUUUUCACGCACAGGUGCAGUACAGAAUGUUAUGCUGUUUCUGGGUAAACAAGCUUGGUUCAUGCUCCAAUCAAAUAAUAUUUGUAUUUCUGAAGAUAUUAAGAAAAAAAUUAUAGAAAAAUGUGAGUAUGAAAAAAUUAAUGAUAUAGAAUUUAUGUCUGCCUUUCUAAUGUGUGAGAUUGAGGAAAGUAAUGAAGCUACUGAAAGCACUUAUGCAUUUCUACAUAAAACACAAAUGGAAUAUCUUGCUGCAGGAUUCUUGGCAAAUGCUGUGAUGGGUGGGGAGACAUUAGACAGCAUUCGUAAUAAAAUUACUGAGUGGCGGAAGUAUCAUGAAGUAAUUGUGUUUCUGACUGGCCACUUGGCAAUAAAUCAUAUAUUGGAAAAGAAUAUAGGACCACUAUUUACUUUAAUAAAAAAAUCAGAAACUGGCAUUGGUAAUUACAAUUUUUGGUGGAAAAUUUUGACUGAAGCACUCCAUCACAGAAAAGUUGCAUACACUAUUGCUAGAGAACUGCCUUUAAGGAGAUGGGAGCUGAAUGAUACUCAUGUUGUAACAGGACUCCAACUUUUAAGUAACACUCCAGUGGACUUACAGGAGCUUAAAAUUGAAAUGCCCAGUAAUGUUGAACCUUAUGAUAUUCCAGAAUUACUAGAUACAAUGACCAACUUGAGAGACAAAUUGAGAAAUCGAUAUGACAAAAACAAUCCCAUCCUAGUAGAGUUGCAUUUCUGGCGGCAUAAUGAAUAUAGCACAAAACCAUCUGAUGAUUUCAUUCGUACACUUCACCCAUGGGGUCAUCUCACAACCUUCACUGGUUCACUUGGAAAUCAAAGAGAGGGAAAGGAAGUUCUUAGUUUUUGCUUUAAGCUGAAAAAAAUUCGUGUCAGAAUCAUGACUUUAGAAGCCUUCAGAUCUCUAAGUAAGAGUUUAUCCAGAAUAUAUAAAUCUGUUAAACUUCUUCGUGUUACACUUGCAUUGCCUGUCUACAAUUGUGCACCAGAAAAAUUGUCAAAUCUGCAGAUCAGUGGUGGCUUAGAAGUAACUGUUCCUGACAUAAAGGAUGAAGAUAAAGAAUGGCUAAAUGGAUGUGUCAGACAAAUAUGUGGUGGAAAGGGAUGCAGACACAUAACUCUACCAAACAGCCAGUUGACUUUCUCAGGAAUAAUGUGGCUAUUGCCUGCUUUAAGAGGCAUAGGAUGUGAGAAAUUGUCUCUCGAGACUGUCACUGACUUUAGUUACCCAGAAAGGAUGACGCUGGAGAGAAAGGAAAAGGAAAUGUGUAUAGAAAUCAAUUGGAUUAAUUAAACUUGCACAUUACAAUUUGGUUUUAAAAGUGUGGAAAUAUAUUAAUUUAACUUACAUUUUGCUGUGGAUUUAAACUUUUCUAUUUUUAAAUGUUUUUUACUUAUCUUUGUGCAUAGCUCCUGAGUGUAAGAAUGAUCAGCACCAUUGGUAGGAAGGGAAACAGUGUAAGCUGAUUCUUCUGGUAUUCAUGGCAAAACAUACCUUACUUAGACUUAGGUACAAUGUUUGGUAUGUAAGCUAACUUUAGAAGUGUGUACAUUACACAAAUAACCCGCACAUAAAAGACAGAAGCUUACGACGACGUUUCGGUCCGACUUGGACCAUUGACAAAGUCACACUAACAGAGGUGGAGCAGGACGGCUAUAUAUAGGCAGGAAGAGGUGGAAGUAGUAGUAGUGGUAGUAGUAGUAGUAGUACAAGAAUUGUAUAUAAUACCGACAGGAUGAAAUGACACAUGCACAACACCCGGGCAUCCCCACCGUAGACGUUUCGCCAUCCAGCCAGCCACUGGAUGGCGAAACAUCCACAACAAAGACAACCUGCCUAUAUAUAGCCGUCCUGCUCCACCUCUGUUAGUGUGACUUUGUCAAUGGUCCAAGUCGGACCGAAACGUCGUCGUAAGCUUCUGUCUUUUAUGUGCGGGUUAUUUGUGUAUCGUUCCAGUCACGGUAUUGUGCCUUUUUGUUAUUUAAGUGUGUACAUUCAUUACACUUAGUGUGAUAUAAAUCCCAUGAAGGUGUAUAAUAUUUAGUUAUUAGCACACUGGCCGAUUCCCACCAAGGCAGGGUGGCCCGAAAAAGAAAAACUUUCACCAUCAUUCAUUCCAUCACUGUCUUGCCAGAAUUGUGCUUUACACUACAGUUUUUAAACUGAAACAUUAACACCCCUCCUUCAGAGUGCAGGCACUGUACUUCCCAUCUCCAGGACUCAAGUCCGGCCUGCCGGUUUCCCUGAAUCCCUUCAUAAAUGUUACUUUGCUCACACUCUAACAGCACGUCAAGUAUUAAAAACCAUUUGUCUCCAUUCACACCUAUCAAACACGCUCACGCAUGCCCGCUGGAAGUCCAAGCCCCUCUCUCACAAAACCUCCUUUACCCCCUCCCUCCAAGUUUUCCUAGGCCGACCCCUACACCCCGCCUUCCUUUCACUACAGACUGAUACACUCUUGAAGUCAUUCUGCUUCGCUCCAUUCUCUCUACGUGUCCGAACCACCUCAACAACCCUUCCUCAGCCCUUUGGACAACAGUUUUGGUAAUCCCGCACCUCCUCCUAACUUCCAAACUAUGAAUUCUCUGCAUUAUAUUCACGCCACACAUAGCCCUCAGACAUGACAUCUCCACUGCCUCCAGCCUUCUCCUCGCUGCAACAUUCAUCACCCAUGCUUCACAACCAUAUAAGAGCGUUGGUAAAACUAUACUCUCAUAUAUUCCCCUCUUUGCCUCCAAGGACAAAGUUCUUUGUCUCCACAGACUCCUAAGUGCACCGCUCACCCUUUUCCCCUCAUCAAUUCUACGAUUCACCUCAUCUUUCAUAGACCCAUCCGCUGACACGUCCACUCCCAAAUAUCUGAAUACGUUCACCUCCUCCAUACUCUCUCCCUCCAAUCUGAUAUCCAAUCUUUCAUCACCUAAUCUUUUUGUUAUCCUCAUAACCUUACUCUUUCCUGUAUUCACUUUUAAUUUUCUUCUUUUCAUACCCUACCAAAUUCAUCCACCAACCUCUGCAACUUCUCUUCAGAAUCUCCCAAGAGCCCAGUGUCAUCAGCAAAGAGCAACUGUGACAACUCCUACUUUAUGUAUGAUUCUCUAUCUUUUAACUCCACGCCUCUUGCCAAGACCCUUGCAUUUACUUCUCUUACAACCCCAUCUAUAAAUAUAUUAAACAACCACGGUGACAUCACACAUCCUUGUCUAAGGCCUACUUUUACUGGGAAAUAAUCUCCCUCUCUCCUACAUACUCUAACUUGAGCCUCACUAUCCUCGUAAAAACUCUUCACUGCUUUCAGUAACCUACCUCCUAUACCAUACACCUGCAACAUCUACCACAUUGCCUCCCUAUCCACCCUGUCAUACGCCUUUUCCAAAUCCAUAAAUGCCACAAAAGCCUCUUUAGGCUUAUCUAAAUACUGUUCACUUAUAUGUUUUACUGUAAACACCUGGUCCCCACACCCCCUACCUUUCCUAAAGCCUCCUUGUUCAUCUGCUAUCCUAUUCUCCGUCUUACUCUUAAUUCUUUCAAUAAUAACUCUACCAUACACUUUACCAGGUACUCAACAGACUUAUCCCCCUAUAAUUUUUGCACUCUCUUUUGUCCCCUUUGCCUUUAUACAAAGGAACUAUGCAUGCUCUCUGCCAAUCCCUAGGUACCUUACCCUCUUCCAUACAUUUAUUAAAUAAUAGCACCAACCACUCCAAAACUAUAUCCCCACCUGCUUUUAACAUUUCUAUCUUUAUCCCAUCAAUCCCGGCUGCCAUACCCCCUUUCAUUUUACCUACUGCCUCACGAACUUCCCCCACACUCACAAUUAACUCUUCCUCACUCCUACAAGAUGUUAUUCCUCCUUGCCCUAUACAUGAAAUCACAGCUUCCCUAUCUUCAUCAACAUUUAACAAUUCCUCAAAAUAUUCCCUCCAUCUUCCCAAUACCUCUAACUCUCUAUUUAAUAACUUUCCUCUCCUAUUUUUAACUGACAAAUCCAUUUGUUCUUUUGGCUUCCUCAACUUGUUAAUCUCACUCCAAAACUUUUUCUUAUUUUCAACAAAAUUUGUUGAUAACAUCUCACCCACUCUCUCAUUUGCUCUCUUUUUACAUUGCUUCACCACUCUCUUAACCUCUCUCUUUUCCUCCAUAUACUCUUCCCUCCUUGCAUCACUUCUAGUUUGUAAAAACUUCUCAUAUGCUAACUCUUUCUCCCUUACUACUCUCUUUACAUCAUCAUUCCACCAAUCGCUCCUCUUCCCUCCCGCACCCACCUUCCUGUAACCACAAACUUCUGCUGAACACACUAACACUACAUUUUUAAACCUACCCCAUACCUCUUCGACCACAUUGCCUAUGCUCUCAUUAGCCCAUCUAUCCUCCAAUAGCUGUUUAUAUCUUACUCUAACUGCCUCCUCUUUUAGUUUAUAAACCUUCACCUCUCUCUUCCCUGAUGCUUCUAUUCUCCUUGUAUCCCAUCUACCUUUUACUCUCAGUGUAGCUACAACUAAAAAGUGAUCUGUUAUAUCUGUAGCCCCUGUAUAAACAUGUACAUCCUGAAAUCUACUCAGCAGUCUUUUAUCUACUGAUACAUAAUCCAACAAACUACUGUCAUUUCGCCCUACAUCAUAUCUUGUAUGCUUAUUUAUCCUCUUUUUCUUAAAAUAUGUAUUACUUAUAACUAAACCCCUUUCUAUACAAAGUUCAAUCAAAGGACUCCCAUUAUCAUUUACACCUGGCACCCCAAACUUACCUACCACACCCUCUCUAAGGUGUAUAAUAAUAGGUGUUUAUUCUGCUAAAUAUUAUGAGACGGUACAAAUAUACGUAUAUUUACAUUUUGUAAAUAUCCCUGCCACGGGUGAAACUAUCAAUUCCUUAUUUCAAUAAUUACAUGAUCAAGUUUAUUGAAAGAUAUGGCAAAAUACAAGCCUUUUUUUUUUUUUUAUCCCUGCAGCUCCAGUGAUUUUAGUACUAUAUGGACUUUAUUCAGUAAGACCUCUUUUCUGAAAAUAUCUUACUAAUAUUAUAUCCAUAAUAGCGAGAAGGAACAUGGGCUCUGUAAAUACCUUGAAUUUCACUGAUAGUGGCUUUUCAUGACAGGGAUGAUAAACUGAAAGCUGCUCUCAUGUGUACUGUGCAUGUAGGCUGGUAUACAUAUUUCUUUUCCUUCCCUGAAAAUAAAAGCUUUCCCUGGAUCUGAAGCCUAUCAAGAGGUCAGUAUGCUUUUUUGGGUAGUGGAUGAAGAUAAAAUUGGAGGAUCAUCAGAUCCCCACUGAAUCUAGGAUCAGGCAGGCAUUGGAGAUUGAUUAUAAACACAGAAAUGCGACUCUUAAAAUAAUGACUCGAGUCAUAAGUUUGCCUGUGAUACUCCAAUAUAGAAACUAUGUGUUGUACCAAAACAAAAUCAUUCACAUUGCUAAAUUUACAAACUGUAAUGUAGUUACUUAGCCUUAAUACCAACUUGCUCCAUAAUCUGUAACAAUGUAGAGUUUUGAAUUAAUCUUAGUCUGCCUGAAAUGCCUAGUCAUGCUAGGUGUGAUAGUGGCCCUCUUUGUAAUUAAUAUUUUAUAAUAUGUAAACCACACAAUAUCCUAUAAUAUGUAAACCCUGCAUUGUAAUCUUUAUAGAGAAUAAACUUGAUUUAUGA